ACAACUUUUCAUUACUCCUCGUCCUUUUAUUUAUUAAUUCUGAAUCGAAACCCAAGGAAAUGGGUUUCCUCCUAUUCUUCCAAGCACUGUUUCUCUUUGUAUUGCAGAUUUUGUUUUCCCACCAAGCAAGAGCUGAAGAUUUCAUUUCCCUCAGUAAUGCUACAAAAAAUUUCAGUGCCAGAAAACUUGCUGGUAAAUGCAAUUUGUCUCGUGGAAAAUGGGUCUACGAUGCUUCCUACCCUCUCUACUCUUCCUCUAGCUGCCCCUUCAUAGAUGCACAAUUCAACUGCCAAAAGUAUGGCCGCCCUGAUAACUCGUACCUCAAAUACAGAUGGCAACCUUUCUCUUGUGCCAUACCCAGGUUUAAUGGGUUAAAUUUCUUGGAGAAGUGGAGAGGCAAGAAGAUUAUGUUUGUGGGAGACUCACUGAGUUUGAAUCAGUUUCAAUCUUUAACGUGCAUGAUUCACGCAUCGGUGCCAAAGUCAAAGACCACAUUCAUAAGGAAAGAUGGGCUGUCUUCAGUGACAUUUGAUGAUUAUGGAGUGAAAAUAUUGCUAUUUCGCACACCAUACCUUGUAGAUCUUGAUAAUGAGAAGGCGGGACGAGUUUUGAAGCUUGAUUCAAUCAAGAAUGGCAAUGCAUGGAAAGGCAUGAACAUGUUAAUCUUUAACACAUGGCAUUGGUGGACCCACACAGGGAAAACCCAACCCUGGGAUUAUAUGCAAGAGGGAAACAAAUGGUACAAAGAUAUGAACCGUCUGAUUGCGUUUUAUAAAGGGCUAACCACUUGGUCUAGAUGGGUCAACCUAAAUGUUGAUGCUUCCAAAACCAAAGUCUUCUUCCUAGGGAUUUCUCCCACCCAUUACGAGGGCAGGGAUUGGAAUCAACCAUCAAAAACAUGCUCAGGUGAGAAGCAACCAUUCUUUGGUCUAAAGUACCCUGCAGGCACACCUUUAGCUUGGACAGUUGUGAACAAAGUAUUAAGCAGAACUAAGAAGCCAGUCACUUUCCUAGAUGUUACAAAACUCUCACAAUAUCGGAAAGAUGCACACCCAUCUGCCUAUAGUGGUGAACAUAGUGGCAAUGACUGUAGCCAUUGGUGUCUUCCGGGGCUGCCCGAUACUUGGAAUGAGGUCCUAUAUGCAGAGCUCUUUAGUUGAAGACAAAGUGGGCAAUGGACGUUUGAAAUAUAGAAAGAAAACCAUUAUUUCAAUUCUAGGAGUUCAAUUUCCAUUUUUAUUGUUUAAGUGGGCAAUAAGAGGGUUGAUGUUUCAAUUAAAUGUAAAUGUGCAGAUUUUUUGGGCACAAAGUUGCCUUGAAUUGUGAGCAAUAUAUAUAUGCCCUUACAAAUUAAAAAAGCUCAUAGUUAUCAUUCACAUACCACAUGCUACUACUAAUUAGCAAUUAGUAAUUA